AUGCCGCCCCUGCCAGCACCGCCGUGCACCACCGCCGACGUGUGCACCACCACGCGCUCCGCCAUCGUCGCCGGCACGGUGACCGGGCACCACCUGCUGGACGUCGAGGGGUACUCGCGCACCAAGGAGCUGUUCCCCAACGGCACCUACACCAACUCCCUCCCUUUCACCGUCGGCGGCCGGUCCUGGCACAUCUCGUUCUACCCCAAUGGCCGAAACCCCGGGAGCGCCGACUUCGUCUCCAUCUUCCUAGGGCUCGAGAUCGACCAGAUCUGCGCCGAGCCCGUGGCGGCGAGGGUCCAGUUCAGCCUGAUCGAUCGGGCCAGGAAGCCCGUGCCGUCGCACUCCCGGGCCACGGAGCUGCACGCGUUGUUCCACUCCACCGACGGCUUCGCCUUCGGCUUUCCUCAGUUCAUCAAGAGGGCCGACCUGGAGAACUCGGAGCAUCUGAAGGACGACCGCUUCACGAUCAGGUGCGACAUCACCAUCGCUAAGAAGCUCCGCAAGGAGCGGAGGAGGGCAUUGUCCCGGUUCGUCGAUGUGCCGCCGUCUGACCUGCACCAGCACCUCGGCGAGCUCCUCGCGUCCAAGGAAGGCGCCGACGUCACGUUCCACGUCACCGGCGAGACGUUCCAAGCGCACAGGGGUGUCCUCGCGUCCCGGUCGCCGGUCUUCAGGGCGGAGCUCUUCGGCCCGAUGACGGAGGGCGGCGCCGCGGCCGUCGUCGAGAUAGACGACAUGGAUGGGCAGGCGUUCAGGGCCCUGCUCGGGUUCGUGUACACCGAUGCCUUGCCGGAGGACAUGACCCCGGAGGAGGAAGCUGUGAUGUGCCAGCAUCUGCUUGUUGCAGCGGACAGGUACGGCAUGGAGAGGCUGAAGCUAGUGUGCGAGGACAGGCUUUGCCGGCAUGUCACCGUGGGCUCCGCGGCGACCAUCCUGGCUUUGGCCGAGCAGCACCGGUGCCAUGGGCUCAAGGAGGCGUGCUUCCAAUUCCUCGAGUCCCCGGCUGUUCUCAAUGCCGUAGCGGCCGCCGAAGGCUUUGAGCAUUUGGCUAGAAGCUGUCCCUCUCUUGUGAAAGAUCUAAUCUUUAAGAUCACUGACUGUUGA